AUGGAUGAUGUCGAUUUGCGACAGGAAAUUCUCCAGCGGACUCUUAAAGAGGUAGCUGAUGAGGAGAAAGAGGCAGCAAAUCCUUGUGUUAUUUGCCUAGACACCAUCACUGAGCCCUGUGUGGCACAGCCAUGCCACCAUGCCAACUUCGACUUCCUCUGCCUUGUCAGUUGGAUCGAGCAGCAACCCAAAUGUCCACUAUGUAAAAUCGAGUUGACAGCCGUGCAAUACGAAGUCAACGCCACACACGGUCCGAAGCUAUACAAGGUUCCGCCCCCAAGCGCAGCUAUCCCAGCAGCCCCAGCAGCUGUUCGAUCACGUCCUGGUAAUCGAUAUGGCCCACGAGGGCGACGUCCCCCACCCCCGCCACGACUACCGCCAGAUGACCCCCUCGAACGUCGGCGCAAUGUAUAUCGCAACCAAACAUACUCCAUGCGGGUUGGAUCCAAUCGGUUGUCUCAGUAUCGAGAACUGACGCCCGAGAUCUUCAGUCGCGACGAGCAGCUCGUCUCGCGCGCUCGGAAAUGGAUCCGCCGCGAACUACGAGUCUUCUCUUUCUUGAACCCGGAACCGGAGGACGUAGAGCGGACAUCUCACCAACUCCCGCGCCCUGGACCUCAACGGCUGGAGAGUCGCAGGGCGAACAAUGCCGAGUUUCUGCUGGAAUACGUCGUUGCUAUCUUACGCACGGUCGAUCUCAAAGGCAGUGCUGGACAGGCGGAGGAGCUAUUGAGAGAUUUCAUUGGACGUGAGAAUGCCCGUCUGUUUCUCCAUGAAUUACAGGCAUGGCUAAGGAGUCCGUAUAAUUCUUUAGAGGACUGGGAUCGUCAUGUUCAGUACGCGAAUACUCCGCGGAAUCGACUCCUGUGA